GACACGAUCUCUCCAUAAUUAUCUUAGCAUGGCGAAUCCACCGCGGGGUACAGGUUUGGCAAGUCGGUGCAAUGAUGAGCUUUCAUUGAUUCGAUUAUCAAUCGAUUAUGUGCACUGGCUCAACCAUCAGUUUGUCCCCCGCGCUACGGCAGGAAUGCUAAAGUAUGAAAUGUCGUUGCAUGAGGUCUUGUUGUCACUGCGGCAAUUAGAAAGUAGUCAAACCUGAUGAACCAAAAGAUCAGACCUUUCUCUCUGCCCCACAAUUCAAAAAGGAUACUUCGCAAUACCUUCUGGCUGUAUUCUUCCUAUUUAAAAUACUUAUAACGUUAUCCCUUGGAACUUUUCUUGCUUCAUUGAUUGUUCUUUGUUCCCCUUCUAGAUACCCGCUUGUUGACGAACAGUUGUAUCAUUACUUAUUUUGCCUCCAUCCAUCAACACGCCCCCGAAUAGAUAUCAGGUUGUCUUUUAGCUCAUCAUGGAACCCUCAAAUCAUGAACAAAUACCAGACAAGCCAAGAUACAUUGACUUUCCAUCUUUGGAACAUGGUACGGUUAUAGAUGGAAAAAUGGCCCUGAAUCGGUGGUCUCACACGAUCACAAAUGGCCAUGACUUUCCAGGAGCCCAGGCAAUGCUUUACGCGGCAGGAGUGCCAAAUCGGGAAAUGAUGAAGACUGCACCUCACGUUGGGAUAUCCACUGUAUGGUGGGAAGGAAACCCAUGCAAUAUGCAUCUACAUGACCUCGGAAAGCUAGUCAAGGAAUCAGUACAGAAGCAAGGUAUGCUCGGAUGGCAAUUUAACACUGUGGGAGUCAGUGAUGCCAUUACCAUGGGCGGAGAAGGCAUGAGAUUCUCUUUGCAGACACGUGAGAUCAUUGCAGAUUCGAUCGAGACUGUCACAUGUGCCCAACACCAUGAUGCAAAUAUCUCAAUUCCUGGUUGUGAUAAAAAUAUGCCUGGAGUUAUUAUGGCUGCUGCACGUCACAAUAGACCAUUCGUUAUGAUUUACGGAGGUUCAAUCAAGAAGGGUUAUUCCAAGUUGAUGAAAAAAGAAAUAAAUAUCAGCAGUUGUUAUGAAGCAAGUGGAGCGUUUACCUACAAUAAACUUCACGCCGCUGUUGAGGGUGCAACUCCAAGUGAUGUUAUGGAAGAUUACGAACAAAACGCUUGCCCUGGUGCUGGUGCCUGUGGUGGGAUGUACACAGCCAACACAAUGUCCACCGCCAUCGAAUCUAUGGGACUUUGUCUCCCAGGAUCUUCAUCAAAUCCAGCCGAUUCACCGGCCAAGAUGAGAGAAUGUGUGAAAGCCGCUGAAGCGAUCAAAAUUUGUAUGGAAAAGAAUAUUCGACCGCGAGACUUGUUAACCAAGGAAUCCUUUGAGAAUGCUUUGGUAAUUACAAUGGCACUUGGUGGAAGUACUAAUGCCACACUCCAUUUCCUCGCUAUGGCUGGUACAGCUGAAGUUCCACUUACCAUUGAUGAUAUUCAAAGAGUAAGCGAUAAGAUCCCAUUCUUGGCAGAUCUACAACCUUCCGGAAGAUUCUGUAUGGAGGACCUCUACAAUAUUGGUGGAACACCAGCCGUCAUUAAGCUUCUCGUUGCUGCAGGCUUGAUGAAUGGUGAUAUCCCAACUGUUACAGGAAAAACUUUAAGGGAGAAUGUUGAAAGUUGGCCAUCACUACCACAAGAACAGACUCUCAUUCGACCUUUGAGUAAUCCAAUUAAACAGACUGGUCAUUUACAGAUUCUUCGAGGAAACCUUUCGCCUGGUGGAGCAGUGGCAAAAAUCACAGGCAAAGAAGGUCUGGUAUUUACUGGCAAGGCAAUGGUUUUUGAUAAAGAACAUGAACUUGAUCAUGCAUUGAAUAAGGGUGAGAUUCCGCAUGGAGAGAAUCUCGUCUUGAUUGUAAGAUAUGAAGGACCUAAAGGAGGACCUGGAAUGCCUGAACAGUUGAAAGCCAGUGCUGCGAUUAUGGGUGCUGGUCUCAAGAAUGUCGCUCUUGUUACCGAUGGGCGAUAUUCUGGUGCUAGUCACGGAUUUAUUGUAGGACACGUCGUCCCCGAGGCAGCAGUCGGUGGUCCCAUCGCCGUUGUAAGAAAUGGCGAUAUAGUAACCAUAUCUGCCGAAUCUAAUACUUUGAGUAUGAAUGUAUCAGAUGAAGAAAUCGCAGAGAGACUCAAGUCUUGGAAACCCCCCAAGAGUGCAGUUAAUAGAGGUGUAUUGGCAAAAUAUGCUAGACUUGUGGGAGAUGCGAGCCAUGGAGCCAUGACGGAUUUAUUCUAGAAGCAAGGUGAGAAGAAGGAAGAUAAAAUGGUUAGAGGUAUACGGUACUUGGUAGAUGAUGGUUUUAUGAUAGAUUGAGAAGAUUGGGCUUAGAUUUCUCAUGUUAUUUCGUCUUUCGAAUACUAGAAAUCUCAUUAACUCGUGGAUGUUCUCCAUUGUAGCAACUGUGAAAUGGGACUUUCUGAAGAGCGAUGAUUUAAAUGGGAAUCCACAAUCUUUCAAUUCUUAUGCGUUUGAAAGAAAAAGGAACAACUGGACUUCACAUAAGUUUCAUAGAUCUACUAGGUAAUUCUGA